UGUCCUACUAUAUCAGUACACUCAUAGCAACAUGAGCAUUUCGAAACUUCUAAUCGAUCAAAUAAACCACACGUAGCAAAUAAACGAUAUAAAAAAAUGUGUUAACCAAAUUUAACACAUUGACCUCCAUACAAAAAAACGCCACCUGCUGAAGACAGGUUUUGGGCAGUUAUCCCUCUUCUCUGAGCCGUUUUCGCCGUGUGCUUUGAACGCGGUACCUGGUUCACACCCGGUAGGCAGUCCCGUAACAAAACUAAUAUAUUUUUUACCCGGUGUAAACUCCUCUCACCGGUGUAACCCGGGCCAGAUAAUCGAAUUCCCCCAGGGGUGGUAGGAUGAGAGGAUCAGAGAAGUGCAACAUCGGCUACAUAAUUUUUCUACGUAGCUGUCCACAUUUAAGUUUUCCGAACUGGACCUACCAAUGCCAAACCCCAUGGACGACCGUCUGCGCGUGGUGGCCGUGAUACAUGCUUUGAAAGCAUCUGGAGUUCGCGUGAAAAAUUGGAAGAACUUCUUCAAUGGGCCAUACACGAGUGGCCCUGUCAGACUGAUGGAUGUCUUUCAGGAGAACCAAUCUCAAUUUGCCUUUGGUCGGGACCUGAUCUUGCUGCCCCAGUGCCAUUUAACUGAUAUGAGUGGGACAGUGCCAAAGUUCUUGGUUGAUGCCUGUGAAUUUUUAUCCCAGCAUCUUCAUACUGAAGGGCUGUUUCGAAAGACGGGGUCAUUGAGUCGGAUCCGUGCUUUGAAGGCUGACCUGGAGCAGGGGGAGCCAGUCUUUUCUCUGCCACAUUCAGCCACUCUGCAGUCCUGUGAUGUGGCGUCUCUUGUGAAGCAGUUCUUACGGGAGUUGCCCUCUCCCCUCAUCCCUAUGGAUCUACAGGUGCCACUGUGCUGUGCACAGGGCUUAGAGGAGGAGGGGGGCCAGGAGCAGGGUAAAGAUGGAGUCACUCUUCUUCUUACAGCCCUGUUCCCUCUUUCUCAUUCACGGGCCCUCCGAUACUUCUGCACUUUCCUGAGACAGACGGCUCAAAGAUGUGAAGAGAAUCGUAUGGAAGUGGGCAGUCUGGCCCUUGUGAUUGCACCUAAUUUGCUACAUUGUCCAGCUGGGGGCUCUAAACUGACCGCAGGCACAGAGAGACAACUGGAUAGACAAGCAGCAGUGAUCAAGACACUCAUAAUACAUGCAGAUCGUAUCGGUGUCGUUCCCCCUUCUAUUAUGGACAUGGCAACUGUAGCAGAGUCGGGUGAAUCCACUACACCCCCAGUUGACGGAGGGAGAUUUCAGGAGAGGGCAGGACUUGGUGUGUAUAGAAGUUUAAGACGUCAAAGGAGGCGCAGUGUUGGAGAGAUAUUUGUGGAUGCUCUCAGUAAAUUCAAGACAGGCCGCACACACACUGGCCCUUCACACCCCACAGACGGCCGGCAAAAUACAAAGACAUCUCACCACACCACACCUCAAUCACCAGUCACAUCCAAACGAAAAUCGAGUGAAGAUACUGUCCCUGAUGUAGAGGGCUCUGCUAAAAAAAGACGCUCUAUCCAUGACCUAAGAAAAGACAACCAAUCCAUCAGCAAACUACAUUCAAAUGACUCCCAGUCGGCAGUCGGCCAAAGCCUUUCCAGUACUCACACCUCUGUCCUGAGUGUAGGGGAGGGCAGUAGGGAGCAGGAGCUGUCUGUCACUCUCAGUGCCUCAGAGAAGAGGAGGAAUCACAAAAAAUAUCAUAAAACGUCAAACAAGCAUCCGGUGCAAGAUGACAAGGCUCAUCGAAGGAGAUCUCUCAGAUUCUUCAACAUGCCAAGCUGGAGCAGCCCUAACCCUUCCCCCACACCCAUUGAGAAGGACACUGAGAAUUGGAUCAUGGGCAGUAGGACGGUAUCUGAUGGUAUGACUGAAGCAUCCAGCUCUGAGGCUGAACAGUACAGGAUUCCUGUCAAAAUGAUUGAUGGCCCUGGACGAGUUCUAGUGGGGAAUGAGAUGGAGGCUAAACCUGAUCUGCUGAACUACAGCUUUGCUGAAAAUCUUGAUGACUUCCUGGAUCUCGUGACAUUGGACUCUCCUACCGGGACAGAAGAUGGGGAAUCACAUGCAUGCUCUGUGCUCAAGUUGGAAAAUGAGACAAUAGAGGAAACAGUUUCAUGCUGUCUGACUAACAGUGUAUUUAGGGGUCCUGAGCAGGUUGGGAUAAAAGAAGAGAUGGGUCUAAGUAAGAAGCUGUCAACAGUGGAUAUGUCUGACAGGGUUGGUCAGAAGCCCAGUCGACCUCGUCGCUCAUUCAGUAUGCCAGAGGUGACAUUGGACCAACUGAGGAUUCAAGAUGAAAUAGACGACAAGGAGAAAACAGAGAAAAAAGAUGGAGUCUUUGAGGACACCUGGGUAAUGGUGGAGGAACCCCAACAAGCCAGAACCAGAACCGUGGUGGAUGAAGGGCUGGGUAAAGGAAUGGAUGAAGCAGAAGAGUUGGAGGAAAAACCAUUGGUGAAGAAAGAGAAGAUAACAGAGUCAGGACUCAGGUUUAAGAGGACACAUCAGCUAUUGUCUUUAGCAGAGCAGCUCAGGCGUUUCAACGCUCUGGCAACACUGCUCCGUAGCCCCAGGGUUUCUCACCCUCCCCCUGAACCCCAGCUCAACGAUGUCCUGCAUGAGAGUCAGCGGGAAGGGGGUCAGGGGAGUGUUGUCCAUCUGCGUCGGCAGGGAGAAAGACGGUUUGGACGCUCCAUCAGUCACGAUGGUGUUCCCGGAUCUUUUCCAGGACAAGCUCCUAAAAAUCAGCAGGAUGAGCCAGGGGUUUUUCAAAGCCCCAGUGAGACAGUUCUAUGUUCACCACCAAAGCCAACUCUAAGUCUUUAUCAAUUUGCCCAAGAGGGGCAGAAUGAAAUCCAACAUACUCCAGAUCCUCAACUACAACAGGAUAACUCCUUGCAAACCCUCCAGUAUUUGUGUACUCCUCCAUCACUAAAUCCAAAGCCGAACCAGGGAUCUCGCCAAGGGCAAUUUAACAAAUCACAACUGCAUCUCAGGGAAAGCCAACUGAAACUGUUGGAGGAACAAUACACAGAGUCAGGUCUGCAUGACCUGCUGGAGAUGCACUUGAAUAUAUGUGAUCCAAAGGAGGAGCAAGGGCAAUACCUUACAGUUCCAAUGCAGUUUGAUAGACCGUCUCAGACAGACACUAUCUUAGAUGUUCUACCUCAGACCAUGGUCCCCCUACAGCAGAAGCCCCAAACUACUGAAGUCAAACUUCCUAUCCCUUCUCCUCUAACCCCUCCUCUCUCUCAAACAGAAACAUGCUCUCCCAGUCCCAGUAUACCCUCUUCCACAACGAUAGACAGAACAUCAUCAACUAAACUCUACACUGUUCCAUUAGUGGCUAACUGCUCCCCUACCUCUGUCACGGCUUUCGACUUUAUAGAGGUCGACAGAGGGGUCAGUGAGAGUGAUGGGUCUUCUCUUCCUGUGGAAUUAUCUCCACCCCCAGUCUUGCAGUUCAGUCACCUGGCCACCAGGAGAGGCUACAGAGAUUCGCCUCGCUGGCCUAUCCAUGAUAUUAGCAUUGCCACAGGGGACCCCGUUCAUAUAUACCUUGGUGCAGGGGACCAUCUACAGAUAUGACAUGUACAGGAUAUACAAAGUGGUUCUUUGUUUGUAGUGCUUUGGUUUUGAGUAUUAGGGUUUUAAAAUGGGUAAAUAAAACCACACAAAGAAUGGCAUCUGUUGCUUGAUGUAAUUGUGCCAAGUUAUAUCCUCACAUUUUUAUUUUAUGAUGCUUUCAUGAAGUUGUUUUUAUUAGUCUCUGUUAUGUUUUGUUAUUAUUGUGUCCGAAGUUGCAUUUGACAUAUCUCAGACUAUAUUUCAUUUGCUUAUUCUUUAUCUAUUCAGUUUUAAUAAAAAAAUAUAUUUUUAA